AUGAGAAAAAAAAAAAAAGAGGAAAAGGGGAAGUGGGAGAAAAAGGAAUCCAACCACUAAUUUGUAACGAAGUAAUUUGAUUUCCUCCUCUUUCGCCCACUUCUUCUUUGCUUCUUUUUCAUAUCAAAACAAAAAAGAAAACCCUAGAACGGGAGAGAUUUCAUUUCCCCCACAAAUCUCUUCCUUCUCUAUCCUCAUUUUUCACUUCCCACUUCCUCCAUCCGAGAUCUGUAGAAGUGUGCAAUAAAAUUGCUGUCGUGGUUGCAAGGAAUGCCGCUGAUUUUACCGAAAAGCGAUUCGAUCCAGAUUCGCGAGGUGUGGAACGAUAACCUGGAAGAGGAAUUCUCGUUGAUUCGCGAAAUAGUGGACGAUUACCCUUACAUCGCGAUGGACACGGAGUUUCCGGGGAUAGUUCUCCGACCGGUGGGGAAUUUUAAGAACAGCUACGAUUACCAUUACCAAACCCUAAAGGACAACGUCGACAUGCUAAAGCUCAUACAAUUGGGACUCACCUUUUCCGACGAGUACGGCAACCUUCCCACGUUCGCCACCGACGUCGACGACGAUUCCCACACGUGCUGCAUCUGGCAAUUCAAUUUCCGGGAGUUCAACGUCAACGAGGACGUCUUCGCCAACGAUUCCAUCGAGCUUUUGCGCCAGAGCGGCAUCGAUUUCAAGAAAAACAACGAGGACGGCAUCGACGCCCGCCGUUUCGGGGAACUUCUCAUGUCGUCCGGGAUCGUUUUGAAUGACAACGUUCAUUGGGUUACUUUCCAUAGCGGUUAUGAUUUCGGGUACUUGUUGAAGCUCUUGACGUGUCAGAAUUUGCCCGAUACGCAAGCGGAGUUCUUCAACCUCAUCAACAUGUAUUUCCCCACUGUAUACGACAUCAAGCACCUCAUGAAAUUCUGCAACAGCCUUCACGGCGGUUUGAACAAGCUUGCCGAGUUGUUGGAGGUCGAAAGGGUCGGGAUUUGCCAUCAGGCCGGUUCCGAUAGUUUGCUCACUUCAUGUACGUUCAGGAAAUUGAAGGACAAUUUCUUUAGUGGCUCGUUGGAGAAGUAUGCUGGUGUCUUGUAUGGGUUAGGUGUUGAGAAUGGACAGGGAGCCCAUUGAGGACAAAAAAACAAAAAAUUAAGAAAAAAAUAUAAAAUUAGAAAAAGAAAAGAACUUUAAAACUUUGGUAGAUCUUUUGUUGUUGUAUAUCUGGUGGAAUACCAAUCUCUAUUAAUGUAAACCUUUGGCAUUAACUGUCUUUAUUAAUACUCUUUCUUACUA